CGCGGGGCUCUUGGUGGGGCCAUACCCCUUAGGGCCUUUGAGUACAGGGGUGUAUCUGAAGUUAGUUGGUAGUCUCUCUUUCCUGGGUCCUCCUUAGCAUGUGCUUAUGGUCCUUGCGCCUGCGACUUGAUAUCGUGUAUUAAAUUAAGGAAAACUUACAAAACAACGUAGUAUGCUAUUCAGGGCAAAAGUAAGUUGCUAAAAAAUGGUGUGUUAGAUGUGCCUCCCACUGUUUCCUGAAAAAGAACUUUCCAUUGAUAUGGCAGCCCGUGUGGUAAAGUUUCUUAAUAGAAAUAUUUGCAAUGAUAUUUGCCAGCCAGUUAGGCUGUUUCUGUCUUAAUCCCAGUACGUACUUCACUUGCAUUGUAUUUUUCCAUUUCUAUGUUGUAAAAUUUAUUUGCUUCCCAGUUUUAUCAGAGGGAUUCUUAACAACUUUAUUUCAGUUUAUUAGCAUUGAAGAGAUUAUGUGUAACAUAUAUAGGUGUGUGUGUAUUCUGAAACUUUAAUGUAGGCUGAAGGUAACUAAUGAGACUGUGGACCAAGCGCAAGCGGAGUACAAGUAUCGCAUCACUCUGGCAUGAGCAUAUUGAGUAUUUCUUGCUUUUUUUUCCAUAAAAUAGAAAGGAAGCUGAAUUUAGAGAAUUGAGAGUUCUCAUGUUGAUGUCUCUAAUUUUCUGAUAACGUGCACAUUUAGCAUUAGUGUGUCUUAUUUCUGUUCCAUAUGUAUCUCUAGACCUCUAAAAAGAGUACUGUUUCCAACAGUUGGCCUUGGCAGAGUUAUAUGAAGAUGAAGCUAAAAGGCAGUCAUUGCAUCCUGACAAACCAACGACAACAAAGAUGAGUAACUCAAAGGGAGAUAGAACUCAGGUAAUUGCUGUGUCAGAAAAAUACUGCAGUUCUUUCCUUCUUCAGAAUUCAGCAAAUCAGUAGUUUGUGUGAAACUUGAUGAGAGCUGCUCUGAGUCUUCUGUUUAGUCUUAAAAUAGAUUCUUUUAGAAGUUUGAGAAAACCGGAGAGAAGCAUGAGUGAUGACAAAGAAAACCAAAGAUUUUAUUCAGGUGACUCAGAAUACAGAGGAUUACAAAUUUCUGGGGCUUCUAACAAUCCAAGUAAAAUUGUUGCUGAACUCUUCAAAGAAGCAAAAGAACACGGGGCUGUACCACUAGAUGAAGCCUCAAGAGCAUCUGGUGACUUCAAUAAAGCUAAGUCAUUUUCUGGUGGUGGAUAUAGAUUGGGUGACUCGUCUCAAAAGCACUCUGAAUAUAUAUAUGGAGAAAAUCAAGAUGUUCAAAUCUUGCUGAAACUGUGGAGGAAUGGCUUCAGUUUAGAUGACGGAGAAUUGAGAUCCUAUUCAGACCCAAUAAAUGCUCAGUUUCUUGAGUCUGUUAAAAGAGGGGAAAUUCCUGUGGAACUGCAGCGACUUGUUCAUGGUGGCCAGGUUAACCUGGAUAUGGAAGACCACCAGGAGCAGGAAUAUGUGAAGCCAAGACUGCGAUUCAAAGCCUUCAGUGGAGAAGGGCAGAAACUCGGAAGUCUUACACCUGAAAUAGUCAGCACACCUUCAUCUCCAGAGGAGGAGGACAAAUCCAUUCUUAAUGCACCUGUUCUGAUUGAUGACUCUGUUCCAGCAACUAAAAUUCAAAUCAGAUUAGCUGAUGGAAGCCGAUUAAUACAAAGAUUUAAUCAAACACACAGGAUUAAAGAUAUUCGAGAUUUCAUUAUCCAGUCCCGUCCAGCAUUUGCAACGACUGAUUUUGUUCUUGUGACGACCUUUCCAAAUAAAGAGCUAACAGAUGAAAGCCUGACACUACGAGAAGCAGAUAUACUUAACACUGUGAUUCUCCAGCAAUUAAAGUAAUCUUAGAGUUGUUGCUAACAGAAUGGAGUAUGUGCUGUAUUAUCAUACAAUGUUUUCAGUAGAUGAAAAAAAGAAGGAUCAAUGUCUUCAUUCUUCCACUUCCAUAGAUCAGAUUUUUAGGUUUCGUGUCUUCCAGCUAUAGCAUAUCUUGUUUUAAUUUCUCAGCAUUGUUUAAUCCCUUCUCAGUGUUAAAUUGAGCUUCCCUUUGUUAUUAUGUUUCAAACAAUGCUGUGUAUGAGAUACGAGCUAUCACAGUGACUCCUCAGUGUUUUAUGGCGGGGGGGAGGGAGGAGAAGCAUUUUUCUGGAGGGGAGAGUGUAUUUAACACAAUUGUAAGAUUGCACUAUGGAAAUGUUUUAUGCUGCACUGACAAACAGCCAUGUGAAAACUUAACCUGUAGGUUAUGUUUACCUUCCAAGCUGUAUUAACAUUAAGGUAUUCUGUUUGAUAGGUUGACGGAUAAUUAAUGCUGUAUUAUAAGUUUUGUAUAUUCUGUUUCGAGGGUUUCAUGGUGUAGUAUAAUUAUUUAUAUUCUAAUUCUUAUGUAAAUAUUCUUAUAUUGUUUUGAGAGAAUCGGUGUCAGGAGAUGCAAAGCUUAGCUCUUGCAGCCUAUAACAGUGUUCUCAUUUGUAUUCUGGUUGUUCUACUUGCGCUGUAAAUUAUGAAUUUCUUUUCUUCUGAAGUUAGGGAAAUGAGAAAGUCAUUCAGUCAUCUGGAGAACUGCUGUGAUGUAGACUUUGUGAGGGUAGGGCUGUGGUUACUUUGAACUCGAACCCUGUGCAGCUGUGUGAUUCUUCACAUGAGCAGUUACUUUUAAAACUACCAAGAGGUGCACAGACACAAAAAUUGUUUAUUGAGUCAUUUGCAUGCACGAAAGUAGACAUGUUAGCUGAUUGUGUAUUUUUGACCUGAAAGUCAGGCCUUUAUAUUUGGAAUUUUGGCUAAUGACCUUUUGUAAUAUUCAGUGGGGAUUUACUUGUGCAACUUGCCAUUAUACACUUCCAUUGGAGGUUGUAUAAUUAAACCUCUUAAUCUUUGAAAUCAUAUAUUUUUUUUCAAACAACGUGGUCCUACACUGCAGUAUGUAAGUAGGGAUCUUACACUGUGGGCAGACUGGCUGCUGUGCUUUAAUAGUAUGCAGAUUUAUAAUAUUUGUGGCUUUAUAUCAAAUGAAUGGAUCAGACUCUGAAGGAGAGUGAUUGGUCUGUAUUCUUUGUACAGAUAUAUCUAUUAAAAAUACUGUUUUCACUGAUUAUUUUAUCUUGAAGACAUCAACACAUUUAUUUAUGCAUAGCUUUAUCUUUGGUUGAUAGAUUACCCUUAACUUUCAAUCUCAAAGUAGAAAAAGUCUAAGUGAAUUUUAAAUGUGCAGUUGUAUUUGAAGUCAUUUGUUUUUGUAAUCUGUUUGCAUGAUUUAAUCAUAAAGCAUUUAAUGUGCUAAGUAAAUAAACUUUUACGCCGAAAGAC